AUGUCACCAGUACAAGAAGUUACACCAAGAGUCUCCUCUCCCUCAGACAGCGUUCUUUCAGUCACUCCAAUUGAAGUUCCCCAAAAAAUAGCACUUGGUGAAUACAUUUUCUACCGUAUCACACAGGCCAAUCCAAAAUUGAAAUCCAUAUUUGGUAUCCCCGGCGAUUUCAACAUUGAUUUUUUGGAACACGCUUAUUCUCCCUUGGUGCUCAAUAGAGGCGUAAAGUUACUAAACACUUGCAACGAACUUAAUGGUGCUUAUGCUGCAGACGGCUAUGCCCGUGUAAUUGACGGCUUAUCUGUGUUUAUCUCCACUUUUGGCGUGGGCGAGUUAUCUGCAAUGAAUGGUAUUGCAGGUGCUUUUGCCGAGUAUAGUCCAGUGUUACACAUUGUUGGCACCACAGCAUUGGCAUGCCAACAACUGGACAGCAAGAACAGGGAUUACAAUUGGCAUCACCUUGUUCCAAACCACAAUGUCUUUGAAGCACCCGAUCACAACGUGUAUAAAAAGAUGGUCACCAACAUCUCAUGUGUACAAGAAUCACUCGAUUACGAUAUGGAUGCAAAUCGCCAAAAAAUUGAUUAUGUAUUGAAAACCAUCAUCCAAGAAAGAAGACCAGGCUACUUGUUUAUUCCUUGCGAUGUACCCAACUUGGAAAUAACAUCCAAUUGGUUAUUUUCAGAACCAUUCUCUGCAGCAUCUUGCUAUAAAAACAGUCUCGAAUCAAAUCAAGUUUUACAUCAAGUAACAAACAAAAUCUUGGACUCUUUUUACAAGGCUAAAAAUCCCUCGGUGUUAUCAGAUUGCCUCACCACAAGAUUUGGUGCUCAAAAACAACUUGAUUCAUUUAUCAACAUUUUGCCCUCAACAGUUAAGCUUUUCAACUCAAACUUUGGUAGAAACGUGGAUGAGUCAAAGGAAAACUAUGUUGGUGUUUACAACGGAAACGCUUCAUCAACACAUCAAGUCCAAAAAUCAUUGGAACAAGAUUCAGAUUUCUUGCUCGUUUUGGGAUUGUUCAGCACUGAAAUGAAUAAUGGAGGUUACUCCUUUGACUUGUCGCAAAUUCAAAACGUUGUAAUAGUUCACCCAGAUUAUAUUCGUAUUGAUGAAGAGGUGUACAACAUCAAGAAACUGGAUGGAGAAAGGUUGUUCCACAUUGGUGAACUUGUUGAAAAUUUAACUGAAAAGUUUGAUGCGUCCAAGGUUAUUGCCAAUACGCCAAUUAAAUACAGAUACGAGCCAAGUGCUCAACAUGUCCCUUCGAGCAAAGAUUCACAAUUUGUGUCUCAAGUCAAACUCAAUGACCAUUUCAACAAAUCGUUGACAUCAAAUGACUUGUUUAUUGUUGAAACCAUGUCGUUUGCGUUUGGUGUGCUGGAGAUCAAAUUCCCACCUGGUUUACAAUACCUCAGUGCACAUUCAUGGGCCUCGAUUGGGUUUGCACUUCCAGCAACUUUUGGUGCUACUGUUGCCAUUAACGAUCUCAAUUCAACCAGAAGAAUCAUUCUUGUGCAAGGUGAUGGUGGGGCACAAAUGACUGCACAGGAAUUAUCCAGCUAUAUUAGAUACCACCAAAUUUUACCAAACAAGCCACAAAUAUAUAUGAUUAAUAAUGAUGGUUAUACCAUUGAACGAAAAAUUAAAGGAGCAACAAGACCUUAUAACGACAUCAACGGCCAAUGGAAAUGGUGCGAUUUAAUGCAGACUUUUGGUGGUGUUGAAGGAAAGACACAUAACUCGUAUAGACUUGAGAAUGUUGAAGAGUUUGACAGCUUCUUCUCCCAAUCAAUGUUGAAAAACAAAAACCAGUCAUCUAACACCAACAACAUCAACAAAGUGCAGUUUUAUGAAAUCAUUGCUGGUAAGUUUGAUGUACCUAGAAAAGUUGACCAAAUGAUGUGUAAACGAGUAGAGUAA